AUGUCUGGGUGUGAGGAGCGGGCUCUGCUGGAGCUCAACCUGCGGAGGGAGUCGUGGUGCCAGGUGGAGGUGAGCCCCCGGCAGACCUGGGAGAGGACCCAGAGGAGACACUACGGGAGUCACCUGCGGACCAGCCCGGUCCUGCUCACCGCUCUGACCGCCGGACCGCAGCGCAGGGCGGCCUGCACCGAGCGACAGGCCCCCGCCAAGCUGCCCGAGAGAAGGCACUUCGAAGAGAGCUAUAAAUCACACCUGGUGUAGACGAUUCCAGCCUGACAAGACCAGACAAGCUGAUACUGCGUAACCACACGGAACCUGAAGACACUGCAACCACAGUAUUUUAUUCCCGGAAACUCUGUUGUGCAACUAUUCAACAGGAAUACAGUCUAAUAAAACAUCCAGAAUG